AUGCGGAGGUACUUCGACCGACUUGAAAAUGCUGGUUGGAGUGGCAUGGAUGUGGCGGCGUACUGGCAAAGAUUGAAGAAAUUGGGGCUUACGGCUCUAGCUACGCAUAGUUACGAGCUCCAAAAAGUUGCAUUGUGGGACGGCGUGAUUCGAUAA